CUCAUAUUUCACCUCUUAGUUGCUAAGCGCUUUCGGCGCAAACCGACUUCUCCGAAUUCUGUCCUAUUCUCUCUUUCGUUGCAUUGAUCACCGAUUGGUCAUUCUUUACAUAAUAUAUAUACAUAUCUGACUCCAAGCGUCUCCAGUAGGAAGAGUUGAAAACCUCAAGUAAUUUUAAUAAACCACACUUGUGUUUUAACCAUCGUCGGAUACGUGUCGUGAUGUAACUGAUAUAUCACAUCCGUGGAAUUCUGAGCAGGACACGUCAUGGCGACCAACUGACAGAGAUAAAAACCAAAAAUGUAUAGUGAAUGUUUACAAGCAAGAACAAAAAUCCCACACAUAAAGAGAAGAAGAAAGCGGUACCGUUCCAGAUGGGCUAACCGGCAACUUGGAGCGGCCCCGAUGUACAAAACAGAGAUAUGCAGUCUAUCCAGUGCGAUGCUCCGGUGUCGAAAUCCAAUACUCGGACGUCGAAACGAGCGUUGAGGAGUGCGCCUCCGUUCUGCAAUAUCAACGUGAUGCUAUCUGCAAUCCGAGCCGUUCAGAGACGACGAAAAUCGUAAGUCCGUGAAAUUUUUUUUUUGUAAGAGUGAGUUUCCUAUUUAGCAAGAAAUUUCAAAAUAACUCAAUUUAUUUUCAAUAUAGUGUAUCUCGAAAUCUCGGUUUCAUUUGAAUUAGAUAAAAUAAAUUCAAAAAUAUUGGCAUUACAAGUUAUUUAGUGAAUGGAUAUUGAAAUACAUAAACGUGUAAUCGAUAGCCACAUUGCACACUUAAAUUCAAUUCUUAGCAAUCUAAAAAAAGCUCCUAAUCGUAUAUACCAAAGAAAAACUUUAACUACAAAACUUAAUGAUGCUCGUUCAACAUAUACUUCAAUUACAAAUGUGUUAGCCGAAUAUGAAUCAGAGUACUCCGAAAAUGAAUUUCUUUUCUUGUAUAAAUGUACGCGCCAAAUCUAUGGUGAAAUACAUACGUUGAUUUUAGCAAAACUUGAGUACGCAGGUAUUCAUACAAUAAGUAUUUAUUCACUUGCGUGUGUUGUACAUUUUAUUCAAAAACUUAAAUCUAGGAUCAGAGGCAAAAUGGCAAAAGUUGACAUUAAGUUGGGCACCACCCUCGUACAAAUGUACGACGGUGCUCCUGAAAAUCUAGACGCUUUCAUCGACGCAGUCAAUCUAUUCAAUGAUACUGUUGUUAAUGACUUCGCUGCAUCGACCGCCGCACAGCAAGCCGCAGCUCAGGUUACGGUAGAAAGAUUUGUCAAAUCGCGACUCACUGGAGUUGCACGUCAGGUUAUUGCUGAAACCAAUGACCUGCAAGGUAUUUUAGACGCAGUUAAGCAACACUGCGAAUCUAAAAUUACCUCUGACAAUAUCGCUGCAAAAUUAAAAGCUGUGAAACAGAAGGAGUCAGCAGAGUCAUUCUGCAAUACAGUUGAACAACUAACUGCUCAGCUUAGGUCGGUCUAUGUAAGAGAGCAAAUUCCAGUAAACAGAGCAAACGCGAUGGCUACCAAAAAGGGAGUUGAAGCUCUCAUUGAUGGGGUCAGAAAUAAUGACACGAAAAUUAUUUUGAAGGCUGGGACCUUUACCAAAAUUUCAGAUGCUACACAAAAACUCAUGGAAAAUGAUAAACCAAUCCCUGCACAAAUGUUCACUAUUAGUAGUACUCAACAAAACAACCGCGGAAGAAAUUUCAACAAUGGCCGAGGAAAUGGGCGUGGUCAUUUCCAAAAUUACAGAGGAAGUCAAAACAACUUCCAAAGGAAUCAUCCUAACCGAGGAAACUUCAGCGGUUAUCGCGGAAAUUUACACGGUAGAGGUAACUAUAAUGGAAGAAGACCUUACCAUCAACGAGGACAUUUUUUGCAAAGAGGACAUCCCAAUCCUCAUUAUGGAAUGUACGUGGCCCAAAACAUUCCUCAACAAUUAAACCAAACCCCUGUUUUUCAACCAAUGCAAAACAAUAUGCAACCCUCGCUACUUACCCAUCAACCAGUGCAACAGACACAAUCUAUUUUUUUAGGCCAACCUCAAGGGCAGUAUAUGCCAUAA